GCUUUUUGAAGUGAGCUCAGUGUUGAAUCGACAGUGAAGUUGGCCAGAUCCGGAUUCAAAGCAAGCACAUAACCAGUUGCCAUUGCCAAGCGAAAGACAAGACCCAACACCAAAACCACCAACAACAACAAGUCAACUCGAGCAAUUAAAAGUCAACACAGACUGUGUGCAACGCUAAUUGUAAAUUAAAACAAAACGACGUAACUUACAUCUAAAUUGAGUGAUCUUUUGGAAUAACAAUGUGUGGAAUUUUUGCAUAUCUAAAUUACCUGACGCCCAAGUCUCGCCAGGAAGUGUUGGAUCUUUUGGUGACAGGGCUUAAGCGAUUGGAAUACCGUGGUUAUGACUCCACUGGCGUGGCCAUCGACUCACCUGAUAACAAGAAUAUUGUAAUGGUUAAGCGCACUGGCAAGGUCAAGGUGCUAGAGGAUGCCAUUCAAGAGCUUUUUAGCGGUAGCGAGUACAGUGACCCAGUGAUGACGCAUGUGGGUAUUGCCCACACACGUUGGGCAACUCACGGUGUGCCCUGUGAAAGGAACUCUCAUCCACACCGCUCCGAUGAUACCAAUGCGUUCGUUGUAGUCCACAAUGGCAUUAUCACCAACUACAAUGAUGUGAAGACCUUCUUGGCCAAGAGAGGCUACGAAUUCGAAUCGGACACAGACACUGAAGUGUUUGCCAAGCUUGUCCAUCACUUGUGGAAAAAGCAUCCAAAUUACUCGUUCCGGGAACUCGUCGAGCAGGCCAUUCUACAAGUGGAAGGCGCAUUUGCCAUUGCCGUAAAGUCCAAGUAUUUCCCCGGUGAAUGUGUUGCCUCGCGCAGAAGCUCUCCCCUUUUGGUUGGUAUUAAGACAAAGACUCGUCUGGCCACCGAUCAUAUUCCCAUUUUGUAUGGCAAAGAUGACAAGACGCCAAUCUCUGACCAAGACGUCGACUCCGGCAAGCCUCAAGAAUUGCGUCCACAUGGACAAACUCGUGAAUUGCCAGUUUUGCCCCGUUCGGACAGUACAUCUGAAUUUAUGCCCCUCGAAGAGAAGGAAGUGGAAUAUUUCUUUGCCUCAGAUGCCUCAGCUGUUAUCGAGCACACGAAUCGUGUUAUUUACCUCGAGGACGAUGAUGUCGCCGCUGUACGUGAUGGAACCCUAAGCAUUCAUCGCUUGAAGAAGAGUCUGGAUGACCCACAUGCACGUGAGAUCACCACCCUCAAAAUGGAGAUCCAACAGAUCAUGAAGGGCAACUAUGACUACUUCAUGCAAAAGGAGAUUUUCGAGCAACCCGACUCUGUGGUCAACACCAUGCGUGGCCGUGUCCGCUUUGAUGGCAACGCCAUUGUCUUGGGUGGCAUCAAGGACUACAUUCCUGAGAUUAAGCGCUGUCGCCGCCUUAUGUUAAUUGGUUGCGGCACAUCGUAUCACAGUGCAGUGGCUACCAGACAGCUGCUCGAAGAACUGACUGAAUUGCCAGUCAUGGUGGAGCUUGCCUCCGAUUUUCUUGAUCGUAAUACACCUAUUUUCCGUGAUGAUGUUUGCUUCUUCAUCUCACAGUCUGGCGAGACAGCCGACACAUUGAUGGCCCUGCGAUACUGCAAACAGCGGGGAGCCCUUAUUGUGGGCAUUACCAACACGGUGGGCAGCAGUAUCUGUCGCGAAUCACAUUGCGGAGUCCAUAUCAAUGCUGGGCCAGAAAUCGGUGUUGCCUCAACUAAGGCUUACACUUCACAGUUCAUUUCGUUGGUUAUGUUCGCAUUGGUCAUGUCCGAGGAUAGGUUAUCGCUUCAAACUCGUCGCCUGGAGAUUCUUCAGGCCUUGUCCAAGCUGGCAGAUCAGAUUCGCGAAGUCCUAAAGUUGGACUCAAAGGUUCAAGAGUUGGCAAAGGAUCUGUAUCAGCACAAGUCUCUGCUGAUUAUGGGUCGUGGCUACAAUUUCGCCACAUGUCUGGAAGGAGCUUUGAAAGUAAAAGAGUUGACCUACAUGCACAGUGAGGGAAUUAUGGCCGGAGAGCUGAAGCAUGGACCCCUUGCUCUUGUCGAUGAUUCUAUGCCAGUGCUAAUGAUCGUAUUGCGCGAUCCUGUUUAUGUCAAAUGCAUGAAUGCUCUUCAGCAGGUUACCUCACGCAAGGGAUGCCCUGUGAUUAUUUGCGAAGAGGGAGACGAGGAGACAAAGGCAUUCUCAUCACGUCACUUGGAGAUUCCCCGCACCGUUGACUGUCUACAGGGAAUUCUGACAGUUAUUCCCAUGCAGCUGCUAUCCUACCACAUUGCCGUACUCCGUGGCUGUGAUGUUGACUGCCCACGUAACUUGGCCAAGUCGGUGACGGUCGAGUAAUAUGGGUUAUGAGACGACUGCUUCCUUUCUUUCCAUAGCCUUACUUUCGACAUAGGCAUCCGAGUCUCUGAACAUGUUUUUAUAAUGCGAACACCACCGUACUUGGCGGCUGUUUGGAUACAUUCCAUGAUAAUCUCUAUACAUAUUAGGCCUUAACACUUACACACACACUAUAUAUAUCCACACAUGAGUAUGUAUGUACGCCCAAUGUGUGGGAGUAUACGCAUAUAACUAAAUUUUUAUUUGCAUAUAUACAUAUGUAUGUACAAUAAGUACACUUUUACGUGUACCCGUGCGCCCAUCAAGAUGCAAAUCACUUAUUAAAUUGAAAUUUUUGUUAUAUAA